UUGUGUGUGUUGCACCCCUGGAAGGAUGCGUUGUUGCUCGUGUCCAGCUCCAGUCAGUGCUGCAGUGGAUUACUCAGCUGCAUUUACUUAAAGGUAGUGCAGAGAGAGUGCGGGAGGCUUUCGUCUUCAGUGUGAAAGAGUCAGAUCUUCAAGAUGCAGCGCAUCUACAUGCACAGCAAUGAACACUUUGAAGUCUUCACCACUGUCCUUGCUCCACAAGGCAGGUAUCGAUACAGAGCAGAGGCUGAAAAGAUGGUAGUGGUGCACAGCUACAGGCCCCACUGGCCAGAUGAGCUUGAGCUGUCUCCAGGUGACGUCAUCAUGGUGCUGUCCAAACAUGAGGAGGAGAGGUGGUUUGGGCGGCUGCAGGACGGCCAGCGGGGCUACUUCCCCGCCUCCUGUGUGAUGGAGCUGAGCCAGGUGAUUCUUUCACAAAAAGUCCCUCCAAGGAGCUCAGCCUGCCACAACGUUUCAGGUGUACACAGCAGACACGGACAUGGACACAUUCUGCAGGCACUCAGGAGGGGGAGCAGAGGAGGUGGAGUAGGAGUAGGAGGGGGAAUGGGGCUGGAUGGGGGCCAAGGCAAGAACGAGGGCCCCUUCCUGGUGCGGAGGCCCCAGAUCCCUGUGCCUCAGCCCGUGGCCUCCCAACCUCAGACACACAGAUCCCCAGGCCUGCUCAACAGGAUCUUGUCCAAGUGCCGGAAAAAGAGUGAAUGCCAAGGAGCUACAAACGGGGCCUUCGAAGGCGACUAAGAGGCCCUCGUCUUUGUCCUGGGUGGCUGAGCCGGGUUCACUUUGGUGGGGCUGCGUUGGGGGUGUAUGUGUGUAAACGGAGGAGCCUCUGAAACAUGAAAAGACAAGUCUUGAAUAUCCUGAUGCAGGCAGAUACUCAUCGUCAUGUCAGGUGUUCUCGACUUGGCUGCAGAUUGUUGAAUGGUGAGUGCACAAACCUAAACCAGUGAUGUCACAGAAGGAGAUUUUCCUAUUGCAUCCAAUGGACUAUGCCUGAUGUGACAUCACUGAUGGGGGGGAGUGGCUACUAAUGUAACAUACCUGAAAGUCUGAAUGUACAGAGAGCUGAGCAGCUGCUGUUUUCUGCCUUGUUUUGCAGCAUAGCAAAAUCAAAUGCCAGACUUAUGCUUUGGAAAAUAUAUAAUUACAAUCACAGCUAUAAUACGGGUAGUAAAAUAGUAGAUAGUAAUAAUCAAUGAAGCAUUAUGUGAUGCUUCACUGAUCAAAUGUUGUCGAUUUUAAAGCUGUUACAGAAGAGAAAUGUUAUUCUAUUUUAUUACAUAUUUUAUUGUCAGUGCGCAACUUCAUCUGCUUGCGUGGAUCUGUUAAUAUGUAUAUUUUUGGCUGCUUAAUAUGCAAUUAUUACGAUUAUAAAACCAGUAAACCCUUACAAGGCUAGCCUCUUUUUAUU